UGGCUGUAUAAAUAUACACAAGCUCUCUCUCCACAUCUUCAGACAAAACCAACCACCACUUGUACCUCUUUGUCUUAAGUACUCUUUAACCCUACAAUUUCCUAAGCUCUCAAGCCACAAAAAACCACAAACCGUUCUUCACCAAUAUAUAUAUCUGAUCAUCAUCAAAGUCCUUCUCUCUGCUCAUACCACAAACCGUUCCAUUCUUCCCCUAAUCACAAAGUGAUAUUUACAUAGAGAAGAUAGAGAUGGGAAGACCACCAUGCUGUGACAAGAUUGGAGUGAAGAAAGGACCAUGGACACCAGAGGAAGAUAUCAUCUUGGUUUCUUACAUCCAAGAACAUGGUCCUGGAAACUGGAGAUCUGUGCCUACUCACACAGGUAUCUUCUUCUAUCUUAAUAUUAUGUUUUUUUAAUGAACAAUAGUAAUAUUUUAAUUUCAAUUGUUAACCCCUAUACUCUUCAGAAGUACCCUUUAAUGUUUUUUGUUUUUUUCUUGGGUUUGUGAUUGUUUUGUUCUGGCUUCCACUUGGUUGGUAUGAUCAUUUAAUGAAAAGGAAAAAUUGUAAUAAUAUCCGAUUUAUGGCACCAGCUUUUUUGUCCAUAUAUCACAAAUUAAUUACUCUUUUAAUGAAAUUAUCUUGUUGUUGUUGUGGUGAUUUAGGUUUGAGGAGAUGUAGCAAAAGCUGUAGAUUGAGGUGGACUAAUUAUCUUCGACCUGGGAUCAAGCGUGGAAAUUUCACCGAGCAUGAAGAGAAGAUGAUUCUCCAUCUUCAAGCUCUUUUGGGAAACAGGUGGGCAGCUAUAGCAUCAUAUCUUCCAGAAAGGACAGACAAUGAUAUAAAGAACUAUUGGAACACUCAUUUGAAGAAAAAGCUCAAGAAGAUGAAUGAUUCUUGUGAUAGUACUAUCAACAAUGGCCUUGAUAAUAAAGACUUCUCCAUAUCAAACAAAAACACUACCUCACAUCAAAGCAGCAACUCCAGUAAAGGUCAAUGGGAGAGAAGGCUUCAGACAGAUAUCAACAUGGCUAAACAAGCUCUUUGUGAUGCCUUGUCUAUUGACAAACCACAAAACCCAACUAAUUUUUCUAUUCCCGAUCUUGGUUAUGGUCCAUCAUCUUCUUCGUCCUCUACCACCACCACCACCACCACCACGAGAAACACUAAUCCAUACCCAUCUGGGGUCUAUGCUUCAAGUGCUGAGAACAUUGCUCGUUUGCUUCAGAAUUUUAUGAAAGACACACCAAAGACCUCGGUGCCCUUGCCGGUUGCAGCCACCGAGAUGGCUAUCACCACGGCAGCUUCGAGCCCUAGCACAACCGAAGGAGACGGAGAAGGGAUUGACCAUUCUUUGUUCAGCUUCAACUCCAUAGAUGAAGCUGAAGAGAAGCCUAAACUAAUAGACCAUGACAUUAAUGGUCUAAUUACACAAGGCUCUCUUUCUUUGUUCGAGAAAUGGCUCUUUGAUGAGCAAAGCCACGAUAUGAUCAUCAAUAACAUGUCACUAGAGGGUCAGGAAGUGUUGUUCUAGAAAGCAUUAAAGUUUGACGAUUUGCUUGAGGAACCACGAGGCUUAGUUAUAAACAAUUUGUAUAAUUAAGUACUCUUUAGUUUUGUUUUCAAUCCUUAUUAUGAUCAUAUUGCAGUAAUUAGGGAUUUUAGUCUUUAGUAGUAACUCUUAAGUUUUAACACAUUUUUCUCUAUCUUUUUAGUAGUAACUCUUUAUUUUUUCCUUAAAUCUUUGUCGACGUGGAGAUGAUAUCUUCUAUGUAGUAGAAACUCAAAAGUGUACAUCAUCUUUAUUAAUGUAACGUCUUUUU